CGUUUAACUCUCUAUCCUGUAACUUCCGACGGGUCUUUCUCGACUCUUCAAUUCUGGUUUGGUAAGAAGGGUCAGGAGAGAACGCUCAACAAAAGUGACUGACUGAAGUCCAUCGGGUCGGUUCUCAGCUUCUGGUCUCUAGUGAAGGAGAGAAUUUGGACAAGAUGCAGAUGCUCACAAAGUUCGAGAGCAAAAGUCCUAGAGUCAAGGGUAUCGCUUUUCAUCCUAAAACACCUCUCUUAGCAGCGUCACUUCAUAAUGGUACGAUUCAAUUGUGGAACUACCAAAUGGGUACACUUGUAGACAGAUACGACGAACAUGAUGGACCUGUUAGAGGGAUAUGUUUUCAUCCCACUCAACCUAUCUUUUGCUCAGGAGGAGACGAUUAUAAGAUUAAAGUAUGGAAUUACAAACAGAGAAAAUGCUUGUUCACCCUAACCGGACAUCUUGAUUACGUGCGCACUGUCUUCUUUCAUCGAGAAUAUCCAUGGAUCAUCUCGGCUUCGGACGAUCAGACCAUUCGUAUUUGGAACUGGCAAUCACGUACCUGCAUUGCUAUCCUCACUGGGCACAACCACUAUAUCAUGUGUGCCCAAUUUCACCCCUGGGAUGAUCUCGUAGUCUCUGCCUCUAUGGAUCUUACUGUCCGCGUAUGGGACAUCUCAGGCCUUCGUAAGAAGAAUCAAGCUCAUCAGGCACCGAUGUCGCUGGACGAACAGGUCUCGAGAGCCAACCAGGGUCAAGCAGACUUGUUCGGCAAUACCGACGCUGUGGUCAAGUACGUCCUGGAGGGACAUGAUCGCGGUGUCAACUGGGCUUCCUUCCAUCCCACUCUUCCCCUCAUUGUCUCAUGUGGUGACGACCGACAAAUCAAGCUUUGGCGCAUGAGCGAGACCAAGGCAUGGGAGGUGGAUUCUUGCAGAGGACAUUUCAACAAUGUGUCAAUGACCAUGUUUCAUCCUCGACAUGAGCUCAUUCUGUCUGCCAGCGAGGACAAAACAAUCCGAGUAUGGGACAUGACAAAACGAACAGCGGUACAAACAUUCAGAAGAGAACAAGAUAGGUUCUGGGUUUUGUGCGCCCAUCCUGAACUAAAUCUUUUCGCCGCUGGACACGAUAAUGGGUUAAUCGUCUUCAAGCUGGAGCGUGAACGCCCUGCAUUCUCUCUAUCUGGCAACCAAUUAUUCUAUGUGAAGGACAAGAUCAUCCGCAUGGCCGACCUUUCGACCGGCACCAAUCAAGGAAUCUGUUCCGUGCGAAAGCUUGGCUCUCAAUGGGCGCAGCCACGGACGCUCAGCUACAACCCGGCAGAACGUUCUGUGCUUAUAACGGCGGCAGCUGAAAAUGGCACCUACGAACUUGUCACCCUCCCAAAGACAUCCGCCCCCUCUCCUAACGAUGGCAAAGACACUCCGUCCGACGGCAAGAAGGGCACUGGGGCUUGUGCCAUAUUCGUCGGUCGUAAUCGCUUCGCGGUCUUGGACAAGACAGGUCAAAAUAUCGAGUUCCGCGACCUUUCAGCUUCACUCACAAAGACCGUCAAAUGUCCCGUCACCACCAAUGAGAUCUUCUAUGGCGGUACCGGUUGUCUCUUGCUCAGCUCAACAUCUAGCGUCGUCCUUUUCGACAUGCAGCAAAGCAAAGUGCUGGCGGAGAUUAGUGCUCCCCCCGUCAAGUACGUCGUUUGGAGUGCAGACGGCAAUACGGUGGCUUUGCUAAGCAAGCACACCAUCACCAUCGCCAAUAAAGCCCUGGUACAAAGUGCUCUCAUUCAUGAGACAAUACGUAUCAAGUCUGCUGCAUGGGACGACUCGGGCAUUCUCAUUUACACCACUCUCAAUCACAUCAAGUACGCUCUCCCACAAGGUGAUAACGGUAUCAUUAAAACCCUCGAACAACCGGUCUACCUCACUCGCGUCAAAGGUCAGGUCGUACAUUGUUUGGAUCGGACAGCAAAACCACGAACGAUAACAAUAGACCCUACCGAGUACCGAUUCAAACUCGCACUCAUACGAAAGCACUAUGACGAGGUUUUGCAGAUUAUACGCAGUAGUAACUUGGUUGGGCAGAGUAUCAUCGGUUAUCUGCAAAAGAAGGGUUAUCCGGAAAUCGCAUUGCACUUUGUGCAAGAUCCACAGACGAGGUUUGAUUUGGCUGUGGAAUGUGGGAAUUUGAAUGUGGCUCUGGAGAUGGCCAGGACGGUAGAUAGAGAAGAUGUUUGGGAGCGAUUGGGAGCGGCGGCAUUAAAGCAAGGCAACCAUUCUAUUGUCGAGACCGCCUAUCAAAAAACCAAAAACUUUGACAAACUGUCUUUCCUCUACCUCGUCACUGGUAAUCUGCAAAAGCUGGGGAUGAUGCAAGUCAUCGCGGCGAAACGGGGCGAUAACAUGUCUCGCUUCCAAAAUUCUCUGUAUCUGGGCGAUGUGAAGUCCCGAGUUGCUAUCCUUAGAGAAACAGGACAAUACCCGCUCGCAUACUAUACAGCCAAAACUAAUGGACUUGAUGACACCGCCUUAGAUAUCCUAGAAGAAGCAGGCAUGACUGAAGACGAUUUACCUCCUCCACCUCAAAAGUCCGGUCACAUGUCUCUUGCUCCUCCCCCAGUCGUCUUCCCUCAGACAGAUUCGAAUUGGCCUAUCAAAAGCCUGGGCGAGUCAUUCUUCGAUCGCGCUCUGGCCAAUGGAGGUGUUGAUGGUCUCAUUGGUGAAUCGGCAGGUAUGGCCAAUGGUGGCGAGCAACUCGAUGCGUGGGCGGCGGAUGAGCCUAUAGAUGUUGAGGUCGGGGAAGACGAGGCGGAGGAUGAAGGGUGGGAUUUGGAUGCUGAGGUGCCUAUUGAGCCAGAGCCAGAAGUGGAAGUUGAGGCUGAGAUCGUGGAGGCCGACCUGAGUGAGGGUGUGACAGCGGGUGUGAAUGAGGAUGAGAUGUGGAUCAAGAAUUCGCCUCUAGCCGCGGAUCAUGCGGCUGCUGGCGCGUUCGAGUCGGCAAUGCAGCUGCUCAACCGUCAAGUCGCUGCCGUCAACUUUGCUCCCCUAAAACCCUUGUUCUUAGCUGCCUAUGAAGCUGCUCACGUCCACGUCCCCGCCAAUCCUUCUCUUCCCCCUCUCGUCCUUCAGGUCCGUCGAAAUCCCGAGACAACCGAAUUACGCGAAGUCCUCCCUGUCAUCUCGUUCACUCUCCCCGAUCUGCAAGCUGGCGAAGUGGCAGAAGCCAAACGUCAUUUCUCUCGUGGAAAAUUCGCCGAAUCCCUCACUGCCUUCCGUUCCGUCCUCCAAAAAUUACUCCUAGUGGUGGCCACUUCUGCUGCUGAGGCUGAAGAGAUCAAAGAACUCGUGAUCAGCUGCAAAGAGUACAUCAUCGGCUUGACGAUGGAGACGGAACGAAGACGGCUGGUCACUGAAGAUGCUGACAAUGUCGUGCGAAAUCUAGAGCUCGCGGCUUACUUUACGCAUUGCAAAUUGAUGCCUGCCCACGAACAGCUGGCGUUGCGGAGCGCGAUGGGAGUGUUCAGCAAAGCGGGUAACGUGAGCACAGCAGCGGUGUUUGCGCGGAGAUUGGUGGAUUCCAGUCCUUCGGAUGCCAAGGUGAUCACACAGGCUCGUUCCAUUUUGACUGCUGGUCAACGCAACCCCCGAGACACCCACGAAAUUGCAUAUGACCAUUUCACACCCUUUGACAUCUGUCCUGCAUCCCUCACCCCCAUUUACGCCGGCUCACCCAGCGUUCAAUCCGCAUACACCGGUGCGAGAUAUCUGCCAGAAUACAAGGGCAGCAUAUGCGUGGUGGACGGUGUGACUCAAGUGGGAACUCCAGGUAGUGGAUUGAGAUCGAUGGUGUAACUCGGUGCAUUCGUUCCUGUUGAUACUUUCGCCCACUUUGUCAUCUUGCGAGGUGACAAUGAUAAAUAUAGCAUGAACCAAGAUGAAUAUUCAUGAAUUUGCAAAUUUGCUCUCU